AUGUCUACUAUUCUAUGGCUAUUCAGAUCUGAAAAUCCAACAUUUCAGCGUUGGUUUAACGUAGACUUGCAACAAGACCACAACACCAUCAGGCUCGAGCUGCCCGUGUGGGUGAGAUCAUUCAAGUUCACCUUUGAAUGCAGGACACCAGGUCCUAUGGCUGUCAAUAUAUAUAUGCGAGAGCCUCUCAACUCGGAAGCUUGGGCAGUGAAAGAUAGCAAAACGGAACUGCAAUCAGAACCAGCUGCAGAAAAUCUUAGGUGUGCUGCUCAAGCGCUGGUUAGUGGUACCGGGCAGCUAGUCAAGGACGGCAAAGCAGGACCGGGGACUAAAGGUCUCAUACAUCUGCAAAAUGUUCCAGCCAAGUGUGCUGGACCUGUGCCUGAUGACAACAAGACGGAACCAGAGUCAGAACCCGAGGCUCAGACACCAGUAGAAUUUACUACUUGGUAUGAGGCUGACAAUCAACCGUCCUUUCAGAGUCGCAGAUAG